UUAAGUACACGCGGAAAAUUUUACGAUCACUCCGUGUGAGAGGGCUCUGGACCAUUGAAUGGAGGGUGAAACUGUCCUGGAUCGGGCUCGAGGCCUCCUGGAUGGUUCGGUCCCGGGUCCAUCAUCUCGACGGUUCUUCGAUUUGCCGACGCCGUGCCGAGGGAGCAACCGAUGCCUUUAUGGGCUGACACAACAGUUCAAUUGUUGGGGGCAGAAGCUGUCUUGUUGCUACAGUAUUGCUUUCCUUUCACCUACACAAUAAUACCCACAGACAGCACCACUUUGCUUCCUUGCCUUCCCUCUUCCUUCCUCCCCCCCUCUAUUGCUUUUCCCUCCUCAAUCAAAAUCUUUCCGCCACCCUCCUCCCUCCCUCUUCCCACUCCACACUCCUCUCUGUUCUGUCAACAAGUAAAGAAAGAAAAAGAAGAGACGUAAAGCUAACGCAUCUCUCUCUCUCUCCCCCCAUCUGUCUCUCACUCACUCCCUCACUCUCAAUCAAUUGAAAUCUCAGAUAAAAGAAAACAGACACGACCCUUCUCCUAUGUUGUUGUCUCUGUAAGAAAAGCCCUUUUCUUUUUGGGACCUUACUGAACAUGAGAGACCGGGGGAAGGCCGUGGACGUGUACAGCAACGCCGGCGACGGUGACCCUUUUGUGGAUUAUUACAAUUACGACGAUGGCGAUGGCUCGUCGGGGCCCCCCUGCAGGAAGCACCCCGGGGCGUCCUCGGUGGGGAUAUGCGCUUUCUGCCUCAAGGACCGUCUCGUCAAGCUGGUCUGCUCCGACUGCGGGGAGCAGCGCCUCUCCUCCUGCUCCUGCUCCGACGACCUCUCAUCCAACCGCAACUCCUGCACCGUCGAGGUCGGGAGCGUCGGCCGCAUCUCUUUCCUUAUUGACAAUGAGAAAGGCCAAGGCGGUGCCGGGGAGCUCCCCUGCCCGAAUCAGAGCGCGAACGGGAAGGCCAGGGUCGGGGACAAGCCGCCCCCGCCGCAGCCAGACCGGGUCGUUCUGCUCAAGAGGAGCAGCAGCAGCUGCGUUGAGAUCAAGAAGACCAAUGGGAUAUGGAAGAUCGGGAGGCUGUUCAGGAAGAAGAAACAGAAGGGACUUCCCGACAACAAUGAUUCCAAGAGUGAGAUGUGGGUGGUGGACGAUGGCAACAUGGGCGGCGGCGCCGCCUCCAGGUCGAGAUCCCUCAACAGCUUCCGGGGCUGCGGCGUGUUCGGCUCCGAAGAUGGUGACUGGACCUUCUCAGGAGCCAGGAGCUCCAUCUCGGGAGCCAGGCCUUCCAGCGUCCUCGACCCCGACCGAAAGAGCGGCUUCAGCGAAGCUGAGCCACGGAGGAGCGCUUUCAGCGAAGCCGAGCCACGGAGGAGUGCCUUCAGCGAAGCCGAGCCACGGAGGAGCGGCCUCAGCGAGACCUUCACUGAGCCCCGAAAGAGCGGGGCCGUCCCGGAAGACCCCGAAGUCGCCGGUUACAAUAACAAGCCGACCCGCCGCAUAUUCUCUCUCAGGGAGAGUGAUUUCUCCGGCGUGGAUGAGAAGGGUUUCAUCGAUCUGAAGUUCAUCUCAUCCUCGGAAGCCAAAGCAAGCGAACCGCCUUCCACCGGCGCGAAGAUGGGGCUGCUCGCCAGCUCCAAGUCCGCAUUCGGGAGCAUGAGGAGCGUGGACGGCUUCAUUGGGGAAGGGGAUUUCAGCAGCGGGUCGUGCCGGAUAACCGUGACGGACCGGGGGCUCAAGAAGAGCAGGAGGAGCUUCAAGGGAUGGAGGUGGGUGUUCAGGCAAUACCAUCCAAGUUGGACAAGGAGCAGCUCCAAGAAGAAGGAUAAUCAAGAUUUGGUUGGGGUUAAUUAAUUAACUAAUAAUAAUAGUAAUUAAUUAAGCUGGCAAGGGAAACAUCAAAUUCCCAGAAAUAGAAUUGAAGGAUGUCUCAUCUGCUGCUUCUUAAAUUCGGACCAAAUCUUGUUUUCUGUCUUUUGCCGGGUGAUUGUAUAGAUUAUUAUUAGCAAAAAAUUUGUCUUUCCAUAUGCCCAGAAUUUGUCCUUUUUCUCAUUACUGAGAUUUUGAUUAGUUGAAUGCAAAACUAACAAAUAGCACUCUCUGACAAA